ACCACUGGAAAGAUCCAGUGAAGAUGUGGAUAUAAUCUUCACACGACUGAAAGAAGUUAAAGCGUUUGAGAAAUUUCACCCAAAUCUCCUUCAUCAGAUUUGUUUAUGUGGUUAUUAUGAGAACCUGGAAAAAGGAAUAACAUUAUUUCGGCAGGGUGAUAUUGGAACAAACUGGUAUGCUGUCCUGGCAGGGUCUUUGGAUGUGAAAGUAUCUGAGACCAGCAGUCACCAGGAUGCCGUGACCAUCUGUACCCUGGGAAUUGGGACAGCCUUUGGAGAGUCCAUUCUGGACAACACACCCCGCCAUGCAACCAUCGUUACCAGGGAGAGCAGCGAACUGCUCCGCAUUGAGCAGAAGGACUUCAAGGCACUAUGGGAGAAAUAUGUGCAGUAUGUUUUUGGCAUACUCCUUCCCGAGUUGCCGGUGCUGGACACAGGGGCAGCCAGGGACAGGCUUCCUGACAAGGAGAAUGUGAGUAGCUACUCUUUCUGCCUAGCUUCUAAAAACUGUCAUAAGGUAAAAAAUAACCAUGGUAACCCUACCAGCAAAGAGGGGUCUUGAUCCACAUUCAGCAGAGCAAUAAAUAUUUUUCUAAUCUUACUCUGGCAUCUUUGGAAAACAGGUAAGGGCCUAGAAGGUUUAGGACAAAGCUUUCACCGAGAAACAGUGCCAAGCAUGCAUUCUAAGGAUGGUAGUGGUUAA